AUGGCCGAAGUGGAUGAGCAGUUUCCUGUGGAGGUUCCACCAGAACCUAUGGCUUUGGAUGCUCAAGGCCAAGUACAACCGGCGCCGCUGCAGGCCGCUAUCAAUCAGGAUAUUCCAGUCCCAGACAACAAUGAUCUGGAGGUAAUUAUACUUAUUAACAAAACCUUGUGGUAGUGAUUUAUUUAGUUUAUUCGCCUGAUUCCUGAGUUUUCCUCUAGUUAGGAAUUCAGUGCUCGUACUGAUCAUAUAGUGUUCGGUUACUGUACAUCGAAAUACGAAGCUUGUAGGUUUUACACGAGUUUUGUUUCGUGUAUGUAUUUUGUCUUUUGGUCUCGCAUAUUUUUUCUUCCAUUAUCAUAUGCUAUUGUUAGUACGUUGUUCUUUCAGCAUAUUAUAAAAUUUACAGACUAUAGGCGCCUCUGGGUCAAUUUGAAACUCAGUAGUUUUGCCUUAAUAUAAAUAAGUAAUACUAUUAUCGUUCUACAAUUGAGGAACUCUUUGUAUAUAUAUAUAUUAUCUGUUGCAUUCACACCCUUGUCGUUUAUAAUGUGUAUUCAACACAUAUUUGGCAUAAUUCUGCUUGAUUAUACAUUACAUAGUUAUGAAGAAUAGGCGAGAAUUCGCCAAGGACGAGUUUUCGUCAGGAACAUGUGGGCGAGAAUUCGCCAAUGACGAGUUGUCGUCAGUUAAAUGUGGGUGAGAAUCGCCAAGAAUAAGAUUUCGUUAUCAAAAUGUGGGCGAGAAUUCGCCAAGGACGAGAUUUUGUUAGUAAAAUGUGGGCGAGAAAUCGCCAAAGACGAGAUUUCGUCAGUAAAGUAUGGGCGAGAAUUCGCCACGGAUGAGAUUUCGUCCGUAAAUUGUGGGCGAGAAUUUGCCAAGGACAAGAUUUCGUCAGUAAAAUGUGAAUAGAAUUCGCUAAGGACGAGAUUUCGUCAGUAACAUAUGGGCGAGAAUUCGCCAAGGGCGAGAUUUCGUCAGUAACAUGUUGGCGAGGGUUUGCCAAGUACUAGAUUAGUUGGUAAAUGUGGGCGAGGAUUCGCUAACGACGAGCUUUCGUAAGUAAAUUGUAGGCGGCGUUUCGCCCAAGUCAAACAAACGGUAUUAUAUUUGUAUCAUUUUCUGUAUUAUGUUAUCCAGACUUUGAAAGCCGAGUUCAAGGCUUUGCGGCAAAGCGUUGAUGCGUUUACUAAGGCAACUGUGGCGAAUGUGAUUAAGAUUAUGACGUACGCUUCACGUCCGUUGUCCGAGUUUAAUAAAUUCGAGGCUUUGGACAUGGUGGAAAAUUUGAAUAAUGUCUCGCAAGAGCAGAAACAUGCGAAGCAUGCGUAUCACCCUAUGGUCUACCAAACGUUACGUGGCAAGAUGUCUGUCUCGACAGAGCAAUUUCGUAGUUUACUCUUGCGUUUGUUAGGUGAUAAAGAUCAUGAACGUAUCUUUGAUAUUGUCGCCAAAGUGGAAAAGCGAUUUCAGAGUCGUUCUCGCGAUAUUCCACAAGGAUCUAAUGUCAACACUCCAAAUCGCCUUUUUCCAUAUCGUCGAAAUGUCGGGAGAUGCUUUUAUUGUCAGCGAUUUGGACAUUUUCAAGCUCAGUGUAUACUCAAGAAACGUGACGAAGAAACCCGUCGAAGAACGCCACAAGUCUCUGACGCCUCCUCAUCACAGGCAAAAUGA